ACAGAAAUGACUUGUGAGGUUUUGGUUUUAGAAAUUUUAUAUUUUUAAUAAACGAGCUUGUGAAUACCAAACCUAGAAAAUAUUUGUUGUGAAGUUGAAUUAUUAGUUUUAAUAGCAAAAUUCAAGUGACCAAAUAAGCACCACGAUGAACUCUUCCUCGAGAGAAUCUCCUAAGCAGAAAAGAAAUCUGAACGAAUCGAAUAAUAUCACCACAAUUUUACCUCCCGAAAUAACCUCAACGCCGUUCAUCUCCAAUAAAUCUAAAGUACCCAGUCCACUUGUUACACCUACAAGAAAGUUUUUAGGACCUAGACGGUAUGCAUUAUCGAAUAAUGGAAUGCUCAAUCCUGUGAAGACUAUAAAAGAUCCUCCAGGUCCCUUAUUGGCAUCUACUGCCUAUAAUGUUAACGUAAGUACUUACAUAGACACAAAAAGUCCUGGAUAUGCAGGAAGACUUGUGCAAUACAAUGAAGAGAGUUCCCGAAAACAACAAAACACUCACCAAGAAAAAUACGGGAGCCCAGGACUUUUUCCAAUCGUACACCUAUUCAAAAAAGAAGUGCCAGUUAUUUCACCUAAACUGAAAAAAGGCACGGUUCGAAUUGGAACUCCAGAGUCUAGAGGCUGCUACUCCCAAGAACAUAAUAGAUUAUUAUUAGAAGGUAUUGUUCGAAAUAACUCCAUUUUGAAAGAACAGAACACUAGCAAUGAAGCCAGUACUAGGAGCGUUUUGGAUGCUUUAAAGGAGAUAUCGAGAAAAAGAAUACAUGUUAAUGAGGAUUAUGAGCCUAUUGAUGACAAUAACAAGAAGUUCAGGAGAGCAAAUGGGGAUGGUGAUUAUUCUAAAAGGAAUAGGGUCGAGUCCCCUACUUCUGAUAAUGCUAGCAGCCCUCCGACAACACAAGCAAAAAAGAGGUUAUGCACCAUUGAUGCUGUGCUUGCAUCAAAAACUUCUAGUAUGUAUGCCAAUUACGAAAUGUCCAGUAAAAGAAAAUCAGUUGAGGAUUCUAAUAACGGAAUUCUCCCAAUGAAUAAGAAAAAAUUCAAUAAUGUUGAGACACAAACGCCCGGAACUCCAGUUAUUGUGAGAGAGAUGAAACGUACUACGAUAACUAAACAAAGCGAAGAAAAAAAGGUUGAAAAACCCAUUGAAAAAAAUGAGGAAAUUGGAGAAAGAAUUUCUUCACCAAAGCAAGUUCUCAAGGUGUUGGACGAUAAACCCUUGGAAGUAAUUCGUAAAAAUAGAUUGGGUGCCCUACUGAGCGCUUUGAGUGGGCGUGAAAUCCCCUCAAUUCCCAUGGAAGAUCGACGAAAGGCUUUAGAUAAAGAUUGGCCAUCAUCGCACAACUCUGAGAAAACUUUAGUUUCAAUACUAUCACCGCAAAAUAAACAGACGAAAUCGCUUGAAAAACAUGUUACAUUUGAUUUACCCUCGAAUACUGGAUCGGUGCAAUUUGUUUCUGAAAGAAAUUCAACUGCUACUGAGAAGCAAGAAAAGAAAAAUGAGUCCAAUGCGGGGAACAAAAAUUCUUCUUCUGAAUUAUCUUCAGCAAACAAUACUAUUGAGAAGAGAGCUACUGACAUCAUUCAACCUGAUAAAAAAGCUUCUAUUCCAUCUUUCACCAAAUUAGAGACAUCAGAUACCAAGAAAGAGGAAAAGGAAAAAACUGUAGGAGGAUUCAAAUUUGAUUUGACCAAACCUCAUGACUCCAAAAGUAUUAUCGCCGAUACUCCACCAGCUGAGAAUAAGACAAAACCAGAAAAUAAGAUAACAGUGAACUUUUCUUCACCGUCAUCUACUUCAUCUAGCUUCAAACCAAUGCUAGGAUCACAGUCUUUCAUAUCUGAGGGUGGCGGUCUGUCCACAAAAUCUACUAUUGAAACUUCUUUCAGUAAAGGCUCUUCAAGUAUUAACUCACUUGGCCUUCCCACAUCUUUGCCGAUUACCAGCUCUAACGCAGCUUCGAGUACUAUCACUUCAGCUUCUUUCAUGUUUGGAAGUAAACCAUCUGGUGAUGCAGCCACAGUUCCAACGAAUACUAGCGGAAAGGAGAAUGUUCUAUUUGCUUUUGGCAAAAAGGAACCCUCGCAGAGUGGACCAGAAAAUUCUUCUAUUUCCUCGAUUUCCAACUCCGCAGCAGCUCAAACUUCAGGCAAAAUUGAAAGUUCCAGUAUUAAUUCUAGCCCUUUUGGAUCAAAAACUGUCACUUCUUCAACUUUUGCAUUCAACGGAACUAGCAACUUGUCCACAGCGAGCUCCGAUAAUCGUUCAGCAUCCUUUUCACUAACCACAAGCACCCCCUCAUUCUGCACCACAACAAGUUCAGUGUCCACCAUAUCCAGUGCUUCUGCCUCGACCAGUGUUUUUCCGUCGAAAACAUUCGAUACUGUAGCGAAUUCUCCGUCUUCUAAGUCAAAUUUUGGAACAUCCAACAGCAGCCCUGGCGGUUUCAAAUUCAACAGUGGAAAUUCCUUGCCCGCAUUCGGUAGUCCGUCUCUCAAUUCUGUUCCUGCAUCAACUAGUACAAUUGCGUCUAAUGCGUUUGGUAGCCCAAUGAAUCCUGUAGCUACAUCCGCGAAUGCUCCAUUUGAAACUUCAAGUAAAUCGAGUAAUCCAUUUUUAUCAGCACCUACGAACACUGCGAGUACUUCAAUAUUUGGAGCCAAUGCACCAGCGAAUAAUGCUCUCAAACAAGAUCCAAAGCCAUUUGCCUUCGGUUCUAGUAAUGUUCAGAAUUCCGUUAAUUCUGGAACAUCUAAUAACACUUCGAGUACUAAUCAGAGUGGGGUCACCACUAAUUCAAGUACUUCUGCCCCUUUGAAUCUUGCAUUCGGAUCUACAGUCAGUAAUACGAGUAAUAUGUUUGCUUCAGGCAAAAACCCUGCAACCGCUUCAUUUGGAGCAUCUACAGCAGCCUCAUCUUUUGGAACAACUAAUUCGUUUUCGUUCGGUGCACCAAGUACUACUAGCUUGACUACACCCAGUUCUUCCACAUCAUUAUUUAGUACCAAUAACACGGCCCCCUCUUUUGGCAGCACCAGUACUCCCAGUUUCGGCACCACCAGUAACCCUAGUUUUGGCACCACCAGUACUUCUAGUUUUGGAACCACGAGUGCUCCUAGUUUCGGUACCACAAAUACCUCUAGUUUUGGUACCACAAAUACCCCUAGUUUUGGUACCACAAAUACCCCUGGUUUUGGUACCACAAAUACCCCUAGUUUUGGUACCACUAGUACCCCUAGUUUUGGCACCGCAAAUACUUCAAGUUUUGGAACUACAAGUGCACCUAGUUUUGGAACCAAAAAUACCCCUAGUUUUGGAACUACAAAUACACCCACUUUUGGUACCACAAGUGCACCUAGUUUUGGCGCCACAAAUACGCCUAGUUUCGGUUCCACCUAUACUCCUAACUUCGGGAGCACGAAUACACCGAAUUACGGCACCAACAGUACUGGCGCAUUUGGUACCACAAAUACUCCAAGUUUCAGUACCUCUAAUACAAAUUUCAACUCCACCAGUACUCCUACCUAUGGUACUAUCAGUUCGCCUUCUUUCGGUACUACCAAUACGUCCAAUUUUUCUACCAAUAAAGCGCCUCUCUUUGGCAACAAUUCAUCUGCUUUUGGCACUACAAGUACUGGGGGUACAUCUGGCGCAAAUAACGCCUUUGGGGCAAAAAAUACAACUUCCUCCGUGUUUGGAUCAAACACGCCUACGUUUGGAACUCCAUCAUCUACUACGUUUGGUACUACAAAUGCUUCCACUUUUGGAAAUGCUACCACCACUUCUACUUUUGGUGGAUCAUUUUCAUCGCCCAGCACUUUGAGCGCUCCAUCUUUUGGUAAUCCCACUUCGCCGUUUGGUAAUGCGGCAACAAGUAAUGCUAACGCCUUCAAUUCCAACAAUCCUUCUUCGAACUUUGGUAGUGCGAAUUCGUUCGGUACUUUCAACUCUAAUAACUCCCAAUUCACUUCUGUCACUACCGCAUCAGGGUUUGGAACAAGCACGAAUAAUACCUUCGGCAAUUCUCCUGCAACAAACGCAUUUGGUGCUAAUGCCACAAGUAGUACAUUUGGUUCCACAGAUCCUUCAAGCCCUUUUAAUACCAAUGUUAAUCCUACUCCUUCAAAUGCGUUUGCGUCUAGUUUUGGUAAAAAGCCCGAACAGUCAUCUAGCGUUUUUCCCUCUUCGACAAACAAUAUGUUCAACAGUAACUCAGCCUUCGGUUCAGCUCAAUCCAACAAUAAUGGAGGUUCCGGAGGAAGCACCUCUAGUGGGAUAUUCACUUUCGGUUCUUCGAAUAGUAAUGCACCUUCUUCAGCGGGAGUCUUCACGUUUGGGUCUCCCGAACCUCCGAAAUCUUUUAAUUUCAAUGCUGCUGGUAAUGCAGGUGCUGCUCCAGCACCUUCGGCCGGUGGUUUUAAUUCUGUUCCGUCUUUUGGACAGCCAAGCGCUGCUGUGCCAAAUAUGUUCAGUAUAGGCUCUGGAAACUCUUCUUCCACUUCUCAAGCCAGGGGAAGACCCCUCGUGAGAGCUAGGAGACGUACUUGAGUAUAAUUUCUCAAUGACUAUUACAUUGAACUGCUAUUGUUAGGUUUAUAAUUUUGUUUAGGUAAAUGUGAGAAUUUUAAAAUAUCUGUGAUUUAUUUUUGAAUGCUAGCCAAACCUAGUUGAGAAUAAUUAAAUUUUAACUUUAUUUAAUUGUAAAAAAUGACAUUAGAGUCUUAUUUAGGGAAGAAAUUGUUAACUAGUGCAUAGUGCUUCGUGUUGAAGAUGGUUGUCGGCAUAAAUAUUCAAUUUUAUAGGGUAACAAUUUAAAAUUCUCACGCAAAAUCUAUGUAAGUAUAGAUGAUAUUCUAAAAUCGACGCUUCUGAAUGGUAUUUAUGUAGUUUAUCAGUAAACCGAUAUACUAUUUUACAUAUUGUAUAUUAUAUUUAUGAAAUGGCAACGUGGGCAUGGGCGACAAACAAUAUUUUAAAUAUAUUUUUCUAUAUACAAAUCUGAAUGUGAUAUAUUUUGCUUAAUUAUAUUAUUUGUUUCUCUCACAUGGUAUUCAAAUAAUUUAACCUGCACAACAAAAAAGUUUCGACGUUUUUCCAGAAUAUCAUUUGAUAGGAUCUAGUCUGAUAAGGUCAUGCCCAUCAUGCAUAAUUUUUUAAAGAAAUUUUCUUAAAUAAUUGUUUGUGUUGAAUAUUUCGGUGGAAUGAGUAUUUUUUUGAACAAAAUAUAUGAUUGUAUACUC